AUGGCGGCUGGUGUGGCAUCCUGGAUGCCUUUUGCCAGGGCUGCAGCCAUUGGUUGGAUGCCAGUGGCCACAGGCCCCAUGCCUCCUCCUCCACAUGGUGAGCGGAAGAGAACUCAGGACACCUUGAUUGUUUUAAAUAUCAGUGGUACUCGCUUCCAAACAUGGCGAAACACACUGGAGCGCUAUCCAGAUACAUUAUUGGGCAGCACUGAACGGGACUUUUUCUACAAUCAGGAUACUGGAGAGUAUUUUUUUGACAGAGACCCAGACAUUUUCCGCCAUAUCCUUAAUUUUUAUCGUACAGGACGAUUACAUUACCCACGUCAUGAGUGUAUUGCUGCAUUUGAUGAGGAGAUGGCCUUCUUUGGCAUACUUCCUGAGAUAAUUGGUGAUUGCUGCUAUGAGGAGUACAAGGACAGGCGCAGAGAAAAUGCAGAGAGACUAUUGGAUGAUGCUGAUAAUGAAAACCAAGCAGAUGGACUCCUGCCUGUUAUGUCCGUUCGUCAGAAGAUGUGGCGUGCCUUUGAGAACCCACACACUAGCACGCUGGCUUUAGUCUUUUAUUAUGUAACUGGUUUCUUUAUUGCUGUCUCUGUUAUUGCCAAUGUAGUAGAGACAGUACCAUGUGGUUUAAGUGGAAGCUCCAUGCGUGAGUUGCCAUGUGGUGAGCGUUAUGCUAUGGCCUUCUUUUGCCUGGAUACAGCAUGUGUAAUGAUCUUUACUGUGGAGUACCUUCUUCGUUUAGUGGCAGCACCUAGCCGCUAUCAAUUUGUACGAAGUGUAAUGAGUAUCAUUGAUGUAGUGGCCAUCAUGCCCUAUUAUAUUGCCCUUGUGAUGACAAAUAAUGAGGACGUAAGUGGCGCUUUUGUCACAUUACGUGUGUUCAGAGUUUUCCGGAUCUUUAAGUUUUCCCGCCACUCACAAGGCCUUCGGAUCCUUGGCUACACACUUAAGAGUUGUGCCUCAGAGCUGGGAUUUCUUCUUUUCUCUCUUACUAUGGCAAUCAUCAUUUUCGCCACUGUCAUGUUUUAUGCAGAGAAAGGCUCAAUGAACAGCAAGUUUACAAGUAUCCCCUCUGCCUUUUGGUACACCAUAGUCACUAUGACAACAUUGGGGUAUGGGGAUAUGGUUCCGAAGACAAUAGCAGGGAAGAUUUUUGGUUCCAUAUGUUCUCUAAGUGGGGUGUUGGUCAUCGCUUUGCCAGUUCCUGUAAUUGUUUCCAAUUUCAGUCGCAUCUAUCACCAGAAUCAGCGAGCAGACAAACGCAGAGCACAGAAGAAAUCACGGCUUGCAAGAAUCCGCGUGGCAAAAAGUGGAAGCGCUAAUGCUUAUUUACAGAGUAAACGUAAUGGUUUAAUAAAUGAGAAAUUCAAGGGUUCUUAUGAAGAGGAACAAGCCCUCGUCAACAAAGCCGGAUCUACAUUUGCAACACAGCACUACCACCUGCUUCAUUGUCUGGAGAAAACCACGAGUCAUGAGUUUGUAGAUGAACAAACUUAUGAAGAUGGCUGUAUGGAAGUAUCUACAAUUAAUAAAUCAACAAACCAUAGCCCCUGUCUCUCCACACAAGACAAUGUCAGCAGUUUCUGCUGCUCUAGAAGGAAUAAAAAAAAUGCAAGGAUUCCAAACGCUAAUGUUACAACUUGCAGUCACCAUGGGAGCCUUCAAGAGCUUAGUGCUGUUCAGAUACAACGUAUGGAAAGAGAGCCUUUAUCUAACAGCCGAUCCAGUUUAAAUGCCAAAGGGGAAGAAUGUGUUAAACUAAACUGUGAGCCACCUUACGUCACAACAGCAAUAAUCAGCUUUACAAAACCACCCAUGACAACACAAGAGGAAGACGGCCGUACAGACUCCCCCGACUACUCACAGCGGAACAUUGUACGAGUAUCUGCUCUAUAA